GGCCUCGGCGCGGGAACAUGGCGGCCGCGGUCGAGGCGGUAACGGAGAAAGUUUCCAACGAGACUGGCCUGUAGUGAGUGCGUGCGGCUCGGGCCCGCGACCUCCCCCGGCGUGCCAACUCCCGCUUCCGAGUGGAAAGCUCAUGCCCAAAGGCCCUCCCUUUACUGCGUUGGUUCCAGAGCCGUUUCCAAGGGUUGAGGGCGUUGCUGGCGGCGGCCGAGCGCGAUAACUGUAAACCAAAAUUCCACCUGAGAAAAUGUUGAAAUAGGAGUUGCGAGAUACACUGGAUUUGCUGGAUGAAAUACAAUUAGUUUUUGUAACGUGGAGCGAAAGCCCAAAUUGUCAGAUUACAUGUGUAAAUCACUGCGUUACUGCUUUAGUCAUUGUCUCUAUUUAGCAAUGACAAGACUGGAAGAAGUAAACAGAGAAGUGAACAUGCAUUCUUCAGUGCGUUAUCUUGGCUAUUUAGCCAGAAUCAAUUUAUUGGUUGCUAUAUGCUUAGGUCUUUAUGUAAGAUGGGAAAAAACAGCAAAUUCCUUAAUUUUGGUAAUUUUUAUUCUUGGUCUUUUUGUUCUUGGAAUUGCCAGCAUACUUUAUUAUUAUUUUUCAAUGGAAGUAGCGAGUUUAAGUCUCUCCAAUCUUUGGUUUGGAUUUUUGCUUGGCCUGCUAUGUUUUCUUGAUAAUUCACUCUUUAAAAAUGAUGUGAAAGAAGAAUCAACCAAAUACCUGCUUUUAACUUCCAUAGUAUUGAGGAUAUUGUGUGCUUUGGUGGAGAGGAUAUCUGGUUAUGUGCGUCAUCGACCUACUUUACUAACUACGGUUGAAUUUUUGGAACUUGUUGGUUUUGCCAUUGCCAGCACGAUUAUGUUGGUGGAGAAGUCUAUGAGUGUCAUUUUACUUGUUGUAGCUUUGGCAAUGUUAAUCAUUGACCUGAGAAUGAAAUCUUUCCUAGCUAUUCCAAACUUAGUUAUUUUUGCAGUCUUGUUGUUUUUCUCCUCAUUGGAAAUGCCUAAAAAUCCAGUUGCUUUUGCGUGUUUUUUUAUUUGCCUGACAAUUGACCCAUUCCUGGACAUUUAUUUUAGUGGACUUUCAGUGACUGAAAGGUGGAAACCUUUUUUGUACCGUGGAAGAAUUUGCAGAAGACUUUCUGUCAUUUUCACUGGAAUGAUUGAGCUUACAUUUUUUAGUCUCUCAGCAUUUAAACUUAGAGACACUCACCUCUGGUAUUUUGUAAUACCAGGCUUUUCCAUUUUUGGAAUUUUCUGGAUGAUUUGUCAUAUUAUUUUCCUUUUAACUCUGUGGGGAUUCCAUACCAAAUUAAAUGACUGCCAUAAAGUAUAUUUUACUCACAGAAUGGAUAACAAUAGUCUAGAUAGAAUCAUGGCAUCCAAAGGGAUGCGUCAUUUUUGCUUAAUUUCACAGCAAUUGGUGUUUUUUAGUCUUCUUGCAACAGCGAUUUUGGGAGCAGUUUCCUGGCAGCCAGCAAAUGGAGUAUUCUUGAGUAUGUUUCUAAUUGUUUUGCCAUUGGAAUCCAUGGCUCAUGGACUCUUCUAUGAAUUGGGUAACUGUUUGGGAGGAACAUCUGUUGGAUAUGCUAUUGUGAUUCCUACUAACUUCUGCAGUCCUGAUGGUCAGCCAACACUUCUUCCACCAGAACAUGUACAGGACUUAAAUUUGAGGUCUACUGGCAUGCUCAAUGCUAUCCAAAGAUUUUUUGCUCAUCAUAUGAUUGAGACCUAUGGAUGUGACUAUUCUACAAGUGGACUGUCUCUUGAUACACUACAUUCCAAACUGAAAGCUUUCCUGGAACUUCGAACUGUGGAUGGACCUAGACAUGACACAUAUGUUUUAUAUUACAGUGGGCACACCCAUGGUACAGGAGAAUGGGCCCUUGCAGGCGGAGACAUUCUACGCCUUGACACUCUUUUAGAGUGGUGGAGAGAAAAGAAUGGUUCCUUCUGUUCCCGACUUAUCAUCGUGUUAGACAGUGAGAAUUCAACCCCUUGGGUGAAAGAAGUGAGAAAAAUCAAUGACCAGUAUAUUGCAGUGCAAGGAGCAGAGAUGACAAAGACAGUAGAUAUUGAAGAAGCUGACCCACCACAGCUUGGUGAUUUUACGAAAGACUGGGUAGAAUAUAACUGCAACUCCAACAGUAACAUCUGCUGGACUGAAAAGGGGCGCACAGUGAAAGCAGUAUAUGGUGUGUCAAAACGGUGGAGUGACUACACUUUACACUUGCCAACGGGAAGCGAUGUGGCCAAGCAUUGGAUGUUACAUUUUCCUCGUAUUACGUAUCCAGUAGUGCAUUUAGCAAAUUGGUUAUGUGGUCUGAACCUUUUUUGGAUCUGCAAAACUUGUUUUAGGUGCUUGAAAAGAUUAAAAAUGAGUUGGUUUCUUCCUACUGUGCUGGACACAGGACAAGGUUUCAAACUUGUCAAAUCGUAAUUUGGAACCCAAAGUAGAAUAUUGAAUUCAUACUACCAGUUAUCACUAACUUGCCAUUUUUUUGUAUAUUGUAUUUUUAUUUGUGGAAAAUACCUUGCUACUUCUGUAGCUGCUCUCACUUUGUCUUUUUCCCAAGUAAUUAUGAUAUAUAUAAGGUGUUGGGAAUAAGCAUUAUUUUAUACUAAAAGUAUCUGGGCAGUCAUAAAAUCGACUCUGUAAAUAGAUAUUAAAAAUAACAAUGCACUUUGAGGAAUGUUUGCAUAUGCCUCUGGUUAAAAAGAAAAUACUGUUUAUGCUGCCAUGGCCAAUGAAGAAGUACUAAUGCCUUAUUUUCUAGGCAUAAAUUAGAGAAUAUAGACCAACAUGUUUUAAUGUAAGAAAACCACCCAUUUGCUUACAGAUUUUUUUGUGAACAUAAGUUUGAGUCCAAGACCAGUUGAAUUAUAGAUGCCUUCUUAGAAAAGAAAAAAAAACAAGUCUGCCUGAAGUGAAUGCAAAAUUUGCUUAUAGUCCAUUCCAUUCAGAUGUCUUGGUUAUGACCCGUUCGUUAACCAGUGUGCCAGAGAAUCUCCAACUACCAUUUAGAUCAAAACAUUCUUUGUAUGGGUAACUGUAAAAGACUGGAGCCUACAAGUUAUUCUUUCAUACAUUGUUAGGGGCCUUUCAAAGCACUGGCAAUUUUAAAUCUUUCUCAGGGUAACAAUGUUUUUUUUGGGGGGUUUUUUUAGUGAACAGUGUUUUCACCUACAAAUUCCCUCUGAAUAAAUUAUCUGCCCUUUUGAAAAGUACUAUUUAAGAAAAUUAGCAAUUUUUGAUUUUAUAGGCUGUUUUUCAGUAUUCAAAAAUGAUUGACCCCUGUAAUUUUAAUGCUGUGCCAUGAAGAUUGUUUUUCAAAUCACAUUAAUGAUGACUUUUUUCCCCCUACUAAAGGUUAUAAUUGAAAACAGGUCAUUUUUUUUCUUAUAUACAGGUAAUGUAUUACUUUUUGUAAGUUCAUAAUACAUUAUAUAAAAAGUUAUUCAUUGGCAAUUUUACUUAAGCAUAAUGGUAUGGUUGCAAUUUUUAAACUUUAUUCAGUGUUUUGUCCGAAUAAGAUAGGCACUGAUCAGUAUAUCUCCAUAGAGGUCAUUUACCUCCUGUUCCCUUCCAAUAAUCCUUAAAUUCUAAACUUUGAUUUCUGAGAAAUAACAACUUUGAUUUCUGAGAAAUAACAAGAGGGAAAUAGAAUUAAAUUGGGGGAUAAAUCUGAUCUUUGUUGUUUAAAUGGUGUGACUUCUCUCCAUUGAAACCUUUUUUAUCCAGCCUCAAUGAGAAAAUAAUGCCUUUACCACUUUCUACCUGGCAACUUGAAAAUUAAAGUUUCAAUUAGGAAGAAGUCACUUAGGAUCAGGGAUCUUGUAUACCACUAUCUAUGCAGUAUCAGAUUAUUUCUGUGUUUUGAAUAUGAUUUUCCUAAUGCUUUGAAUAAGAUUUUGUUGAUUUUUCCAUGUAACGUUCAAAUAACAGUUGAGUGUUUUAGUGUAUUAAAAGUUAUAGAAAAAUGUUUAUGUAUGGUUCAUAGACGGUUGAUUUGAAAAUUUCCAGUAUUUGGUUAUAUUUUUAUCAACAUCACCCAUGUGAAAUUCUGUAGUAUUUCAUUACUAUUCUACUCUUCAGAAAGAGCAUAGUAGAAAAGCCGAGUGUUAAUGUAUAAGUACCCAAAAAAAGUUAACAUUAAAUAAAAUCUUUUAAAUUUCUGAGCCAAUAUUGAGCCAGUUAGCUUUAACCUAAAGCAUGUCUCUUUACUCUGAGAAAGCCAAGUAUAAAGGUAUUUGUGCAUUCUUUAUAAAGUGUUAUUAAUGAGGUACUUAAAAGCACAUUAAAACAGUAGCAGUUUUUAAUAUGUAUCUGUAAAAAUACAACCAAAAAAGGUCUAGACUAAAAAUGUGACUUGAGCCAAUUUAAUAACCAAAAAGCUAUAGAAUAUUCAUUCUGAUUAAUUUUCCUACCCAAAUAAACUACAGAUGACUCUUACGAGAUAGCAUCUUAAAGCUGUCAGCAUCUUUAAGCUGCCAGAUUCAAAAUAUUUAAUAUGGAAACUAUUAUAAGCAUGAUAAAUGGUUACCUUUAAAGAUUAAAAAAUAGAUCUGACAAUUAAAGAAACUAAUUGUCUUAUGGCUUUCAUUUUAUAUGCAUAUAUUUAGGAAGGAGUUUCUUGGAAAUAGGAAUUAUUUGGGGGCAGAACUAUACCCAUUCCACUAAGAAAUGGACAGCCUGGAGAUAUUUUCAACAUGUUGAUUUGUUUCCUUAGAUGAUAACUUGUUAAAAUCACAAAAGCACUACCCUGUUAAAAACUUUGUAAAAGUAUAUACCAGUAAGUGAUAAGUGAUAAAUUAAGAAGUGAACAUCUUUCACUUCCCAUAACUUUUCAGUUAUUUUUAUUUUGCUCUGAUUAAACUUUUAUUUGCUGGAAUACCUAGAUUAACCUUUGCAUAGCUUUCUCUUACUCUUAAUAAAAACCACAGAAGAGAAUUUUUCAGAAGACCAUUUUUAUGACCAGUGUUUUCAUAGUCUAUGCUUUAAAAAAGUUGUUAAACAAAAGGCACUUGUAUUUAAUGCAGUAAUUGUUUUUUUUUUUAAGUAAAAUCUUUAUAAGAAUCUUAUUUGUAUCUGUAUUUUGCUUGUAAAUUUGGACUUAAAUACAUUUGCUGUUUUGGAUAUACCUUUUCAAUGUUUUUUUUUUUUUUUUCCACUUUUAGAGCUUAGUCUCUUGAAGUAAUGGUCUACAUUACCUUUCCAUGGGUGAUGUGAUAUUAUAUAUACAUACACCAAAAGGAAAUGGUUUGAUUUUAAGAAUGCGAUAAUAUGUACUCAAAGUUUAGUUGUUUCUAAAACAAGACACAUUCUUAACUACUGACAGAUCUUGACUGUCAGUUCUUUUCAGGCAGAGGCUUAUAAGUCUUGUUAUUUCUGGCACAUAAUUACCCACAAGAGUCACUUGCCCUUAAUAAGGAAAUAUUUAGAAUAUAUUUUUGACUAAAAAAGAUUUUUGAAUAAGGAUAAAUUGGAGUAAUGACUGUAAAUUACUAUAGUUUUUAACAGUCUUAUGUAAGUGGAUAUUUUAAAAUCCUCAUUAAUAAUUCCUAGACUGCUAUAGAAUUAGUGAAAGGGAAACAUAUCUCACAUUUGUAGUUAAAUAGUAGUGUCAAGAUCAGUGAAUGAAAAACUUCCAGGCAAGUUUAAAUGAAAACAUAGUUGAUGUCAUCAAAAAGUAGCUUUUUGUGAUUGAGUUCAUUUUCAUGACUUCAGUACAAUUAAGAUUGAAUUAUUUUCCUAUUAAAAGGAUAUAGAGAGAUUGUAAAUUUAUCACAAAUUGAAAUUAAAAAGUGAUGAAGCAAUUUGCCUAUGCAUAUCAAGAGAUGACACUAUAAAGUCAGAAAUCAGCUCAAUUUUGGAAUAUCUUCCCUAUUCACUAGUUUUAAUACAUAGUCAAAGGAUGAAACAACUAAAUAGUAAUAUUUGUAAUAGUUUUGAGCAAUUAUUGAUUUGUUUAUUAGAAAAUACCCAUUUCUAUUAUGAAUUUAAAUUUAAGUGGAUUUUAGUAGAAUUUUGUUUCUUGGAAUAUACUGAAAAAUAUCAAUCUUUCACAAAUCAAAGAUUUUUUAACAGUGUGCCAGGAAUAAAUGAACAUAUCUUCCUAGACCAGCAGUGUUUAUUCCAUGUAAGCCAGAAAUGUUUUAUAUUAAAACAUUCAAUAUAUUGCUAAAAACUUUUGUAUUAAUGUUUAGUCUAAAUCAUGUGACUUUGGAGCCCUUAUAAUGACUUCUUAUUCUACACAACUAGUUAUUGGUAAGGAAGAUGGGGUGAGGGGUAUUCAUUUAUAACCCAUCUCCACAUGGACUAAUAGCCAUACUCCUAUUUCUCUCCUACUUAGAGAUAAUCCUUUCUCAGCAACACUAACCUUUGACUCCUUUUUUACAUAAAGCAACUAUUUCACCAAUAAUAAAAAUGACAAUGGCUGCCAGCUAUUGAGCCAAAUAGGACUUCUCCGAAGAAGACAUACAGAGAGCCAACAGGCAUAUGAAAAAAAUAUUCAUCAUCAGUUAUCAGGGAAAUGCAAAUCAAAACCUCAAUCAGAUACCACCUCAAACCUUGUAGGCAAGGAUGUGGAGAAAAAUAAACUCUCAUACACUGUUGGUGGAAAUGUAGACAGGUCUGGCCCUUACGGAAAACAUUCAGGUUUCUCAAAAUAUUAAAAAUGGGUCUACCAUAUGAGCCAAGUAUUCCUCUCCUAGGCAUCUACCCAAAGAAAACAAAAACACUAUUUCAAAGGGAAAUAUGCACUCCAGUGUUCAUUGUAGCACUAUUUACAAUAACCAAGCUAUGGGAACAACCUAAAUGCCCAAAAUGGAUGAGUGUGUUUAGGUGGGUGUGGUGUGGUAGCAACAACUAAAGGAGAGAUCCUAUGCCUCUAAAACAGAGUUGUAAAUUAAUGUUACUAAAUUUUUUUAAAGAAUAUGCAUAAAAGAUAGUGAUUUCUUCUGUUAAAAAGGGAACUGCAAAUGUGGAGAUGUAGAGACAAGAAUGAUCUUUAAGGUGUUGGAUUGGAAGUGGACGUAUCAUAAAGAUUUAGGAAUGAACAUAGUAGAAGUUAAUUGUAUAAGCAUAUGUGAGUGUGUUCAUGCAAAUAAUUCCUAGCUACGUCUACUUAGAGAAUUUGCUAUUACCAGAGCCUUAACAGCAAUCAACACAUAUAAAUCCCAGAUCGUGACUUCUAUCAUUCUCCUUUAUAGAGAAUUUCCUGAAUGUUAUUCACCACUACUCCAUUGGAGAAAGUAUCGAAUACUUCUGAUUCCUUUUGCAGGAGAAGUAAAAGGACAAGAUGAUACUAGAAUAUCUGUCACUUCCAGAAAGCAAACAGUGCUCAAGAAAUGAUAGGGACAAGUCCAAAAGGCACAAAAGUCAGCUUGAAGAAACUUCCAUCAAUCAGAUCUGGAAGACUUUUAAGCAUUAAAAAAAAUGACAGCAACAGAUGACAUAGUCAUUGAGCAAAAUAGGGAACCGCUCAUACAAACCUAAAUGAAAAUUUUAAUGAAGAACAAGAGUUAUGUUAAAACAAAGAGGCCUAAGAAAAAGAGAUAAUGUAAUAG